GCCAAAAACAAGGCGCAUCGUUUUCGAAACUCAGUUAGUAGCUCAGGCAAGAAGUUGACCCAUGGUUCGAAACAGACGCGGAUGGAACAGAUCAGAAAAUUCUACUUUAAAAAAGAUCAAUGCACAUGAAAGACUGCAGUCUUUAUUUGUUAUACUACUUUGUUCGAUAUUCUUGUUCAUUUUAUGCAGUGAAUUAUACAUGGUGAACUAUCAAAAGAAAUUUACAAUUUUUGAAAAUAAAAAUUCAACAAGCAGCAAUUAUGUUCAGAAAAUUAAAACUUGGAUUUCAGUCUUUAAAGCAAAUUUCAUAACUGCACCAGUAAAUGCAUAUGAUAAGAAAAAUCGAGCAAUAGAUGAAGAAGUGAAUGAACAUGCCGCUUAUCAUGCAUUUCUUCUUAAUUCAAGGAAAAAUGCAAACAAGACAUUUUUCUUUUUUAACAGCUCAGAAACUUUUCAUAAACUCUUCCGAAAAUGGUUAAAUUCACGCACUAAUGAACUACCAUUAAAAAUUAGCUUUAAUUUGAACCAUAAGAAUAUAUGCAUUGACAAUGGGAGGAGUUUACAGCUUUUAAUUAUUGUGACAUCAUCAGCUUCACAUCUUGAAUCAAGAGCAGCAAUAAGAGAAACAUGGGGUGGCUAUGCCAAAGAAAGAGGAGCUAUAGUUGUAUUUUUCUUGGGGUUCCCAAAAAAUGAAAAAUACUACAGUCGAAUUAUUGAUGAAAAUAUUAAGUUUAAUGAUAUCAUUCAAGCAACAUUCUUGGAUACCUACAGAAAUCUAACAUUGAAAACUAUUUCAGUACUGAAUUGGGUAAAGGAAUCAUGCUCUUUAGUUAAAUAUGUUUUAAAAGUAGAUGAUGAUAUGUUCAUAAAUGUAGAAAAUUUUUUGAACAUAACUGAAGAAAGAAAUGAAACUAUGACAAUAUUGGGAGAACUAGCACAUGAAUGGUCACCAGUUAGAAGUCCUAAAAACAAAUGGUUCACUUCAUAUGAUGACUACCCAUUUAACAUAUAUCCAGACUUUGUUUUUGGACCAUCUUAUAUGCUAUCAGGGGAUGCAAUCAAGAUACUUUAUGAAAACAGCAUUAAACUACAUUUAUUUCACCUUGAAGAUGUUUAUAUAACAGGAUUUGUUGCUGAAAAGGCUAGGAUAAAAAGAAUAAAUCUUCCAGCAAUGUUUAACACACAGCGAGACCUGCAGCCAUGUAAUUUCCAAAAACUAUUGAGCAGUCAUGGGCACACUCCACCAGAUAUGAGACGACAUUGGAUGUGGUUAAGUAGAAGGAACUUUAAAUGUAUUUUGUAAAAUAUGAAAGUACCACAUUUUACAUAUUUUUUAAACAUGUCAUUAUCACAGAAAGGAAUAGCAAGUAUAUCUAAAAUGCAAAUUUAAUUGACAAUAUAUAAAGAUAACAUUUGAACAGUAAGUUUAUUUCAACAUUUUUAAUUAAAUAUCUGAUCAAACUUAUAUAAGCAUACAUAUGUGUGUAUGCCUGAACACAUGAACAAAAGUAAAGCUAGAUUAAAAAAAUAUUUUUCAUUUUGAAAACUCUAAUAGGUAAUGCGCAAAGCCAUUUAUAUCAAGAUGCUUUAAAAUAAAAAGAACUAUCUUAAAAGUACUCAUACAUAACUAAGAUGAAAAUUUAAAAUUUGACAUUCAGAAAAAAAAAAAAACAUUUUUAAGAAUGGUACCCCAUGCAAAAAUAAAAUCAAUACCAAAAGAUAAUACACAGUUUAAAAUUUAAAUAUAUAAAGAUAAAUGCCAUGUAUGAUAUAUAAUAAAUAUAAAACCAUGUUCAAACUACAUUAAAUGUAGAUGUAUGACCUCUGCAGAUAUGCAAUAAGUUCAGCAUUUUAUAGACACUUUUCUUAGCACACUAUACUGUACAAUUAACAUUUUAACCUACAGCAUAACCUCAAUUAUAACAAUGAGCAAAUUUCAGUUUUCAAAAAGUACCUCGUUUUGAAUGAAUCUGUUGACCAUGUAACUAAGUCUAUUUCAUCACCAUAUUAGGUAGGCAAGGGCAACAUUUUUUGCUGAUUUUUCAUGGAUUUUUGUUGCAUGCAAAGACAUAAAUGUAACUUUCUUCCCUUUGUGCAACAUAAGGGUAUAAAACAAAAAAAAUAUUGAUACCAUUUAUUAAAAUUAAAUCUCUUAAUUAUAAAUGAUUUAUAGAAACUUUUUUUUUUUUUAGGGUUUUGUUAAAAAUGCUUUAUUUGCAUCAGACAUAUACCAAAACAUCUCUCCAGACUCAUACUGUUAAUAAUUUGACUGUAAAAUUUUAAUUACAUGCAUUAGUAAUAAAAUGUAAGAAUAAAUUUAAUAUUAUGAUUUUAAAUUAAAAGACAAACAAUGAGGAUCCAUUUGUCAUCAGAUUAGAUUUUUAAAAAAAUUAAGAAUUUCAUGCAAAUUCGAUCUUUUUCGCUCUUCUAAAGUAAACAAAGAAUUAAAACUGUUAAUCUGAAUUAGUGUUAAAACACAAUCAUAGACACAUUUAACUGCUUAAUAUAUAAAAUAAUGUUCAGAAAAAUAUUUUUUAUAGUAUGUAAUGUAAGCCAGAAGAUACUAUUUUAAUGAAACCAUUAAUAUAUAAUUCAAGAGAUUAAUGCGUAAAAAUUAACACUAACAAAAAAAAUUUGAAAAAGUAAGCUGAUACAGGGUUGCUGCUGAGUAAUUCAACUGGGUUAUGAAAGAUGGAUACUUUUGUGUUACCUUGGCUUGUUUCACAAAAGAGAAAAAAAAAAAAAAAAAAACAGAAAAUAAAA